AUGCUACCUCGACCACGACACCUCCUCCUCAGCUUUCGAGUCACCCACCGAGUUCCCAUCAUCUCCACGACUCCCAUCCUCCAACGCCUCAACUACAGUCAUCAUCUCCCGCAACGACCCCUCCACACCACAACAAUGAGCUGGAUGGACUCCUGGUCCCGACCAGGCAAAUCCCAAGCCACGCCAGCGCCCUUCUACCUCCUCCCCAACGGCGAACAAACACCCUACUGCCGCACCUGCGGCCGCGCAAAAUACUGCUCCUCCCGCUGCCGCGCAAAGAAACCAAGCCGUCUAGACAAGGAAAUCGAACAAGUCUUCGUCCGCUUUCUGCAAGGCGAGGAGGAAAUCCAAACCGACGCCAAAACAAAACCCAAAAAGACAAAGGGCGACACCCGGAUUCUCGUACCCUGCGACGUCGUAGAAGAAACCUUCUUCGGCGAGCGCAAGGCCCCAGACCAAAUCUACGGCCGGGGCAAAAACCGCGCCUCGCGCGUCAUCACCGCCAAAUCAUCCUCCUCUGACAACGAAGACGAGGGCAUCUCCCUCCGCGACCGCCGCUCCUACGACGAAGACGCGGGCGGGGAUAUCAUCGACGAGAUGCUAGGCUUAGACCACACCAAAUCCACAGAGCUAGAUCCCAGCGUGCAGGCGAGCCUCUCUGUGCGCAGCGGGACGCGGGUGAGGCCGCCGCAGACGGAGAGCCAGGUGAAUGGGAGCGUGGGCGGGGAAAAGGGGCGGGCGGAGAGGAUUGAGGAGACGGAGGAGAUGAGGGAGAAGAGGGCUGAGGGGCAGAGGAGGGCGCAUGAGAGGGAGAUGGUGAGGUGUGCUGCUAGAAGGGGGGUUGUGUUUGGGUUUCUGGUUGGCGAUGGCGAGGAGAGGAAAAAGUGUGAAGCUGUUAGACAGGGAAAGGUUGUUGAGCCUAGCUUUGCAAAGGGGGAUUGGUCUAUUCGGUGGCGGGAGGAUUGA